AGUGUGAUGAAGCCUUCAGUCGUCUUAAGCAAGCACUAACAUCCCCACCUAUUUUGGCAUACCCGAACUUCUCACCUUAUGCAGGAGGAAUAAACUGGGAAGAAGAGCAAUUCAGGGACACAGAUAUUGGCGAGAUUUACCGCCUCCAGCUGCAGGGUAACUCCAAACCUUCUGGGCGCCUGAUGGCCUCGAGAUCCUCGGCAGCACGGAGUCUGUGGUCACGAUGGGGGCAACUACGGAUUAUAUCCCGAGUGCUCCACCUUGUGGAUAGCCAUAAAGAAAAUACUUACCACCCUCGUGGAUCGUUACGAAAGGAACGGUGGGACGAACACAUUCCGCUAUGUUUGCUGGCCUAUCGAGUAGCUACACACGAGUCGAUAGGUUAUGCUCCGGCGUUUUCACAACUCGGUCACGACCUCCGAUUACCUUCAGACGCAGACGCGCCUGUGGUUCCUGCAGACCUGGUUGUCCCUAACGAAUACGCCCGAUCACUCCAAGAACGCCUGUCCGCGGCACUACAAAUCGCCCGUGAAAACAUCGGAUAUGCACAGCAACACCAGUUAACUGUGUACGAUGGCAAAUCACGCGGACCUCUGUACGAACGUUGCUCUACUGUAAUGCAAGGUCAAUACACGGGAUUUCGCGUUCGGAUAACCUCUUCGCAAUUGGGCGACGUCGUUGGAACUGUGUGCAGCGUCUCGGAGAAUAAAAUCGAACUUUCAAAUGCUUACCUCAAUGGUCAGAGCACACUGCUACCCUCAGUAACAGUAGAGAGCAAAUUCAUCGAGCGCUUGCGAAUUCUGGCGACUGGAAGUGGUGAUUCAUCCGAUGACGUCACACCGAAAAAAGAGCAUGAUAAAACUGGUAGCAGUGGUCGUGCACAACGCCGCGAGAUGUUACGUAACAUUCCUAACACGUGCAAUGCCUACGUGUGUCCUGACUCCCCACCGGUAAUUCACCGAUCUGCUGGUGUUCCCGUCAAUCAUACUGGUGCGAAGAAUGGAGGUUCCAUAUCAAAAGAACGGACAUUCAGUCCAAGGGGCCUGGAUGCGGCACUAGCGAGCGUGACAUUAAACGACCCCAACAUUACACCAGGACAGAAAAUACGCAAACAUGCUCACAAUGAAACACCAUUGAAGCGUCGGAGCUAUUCUAUGUCUGAAGCUCAAAUCUCAAGUGGUGGCGAGAGUGACUCGCUGUACCGUGGAGCGAACGUCACAGCUCGUGGCGUGUGUGGUCCUUUCCCGAACGGGAGUCGGCAUCAUGCACCUGCGCACAGAACAACCUAUAAUCGCCCUGUUCCGACUGCAAACCACCGUCCUGGUGGCACAAACAGACAGUCGGGCACGCGUGCCGAUUGGGAUCAGAUUCGAGUGGAAGAAUUCAUGGAUGAGGAUUUCGAUUUUGAAAAAAACUUGGCCAUGUUUGACAAGAAUGCGUUCUACGAAAUGGUCGACAUGCAAAGGGGCGUCGCUCCACGUCCAGCUACCGUCCAGCCUAUUCAGUCCACUGAGCACUUUGCUGAAGGACCGGAUGGUGUUGGAGUUCCUCUGCUCCAAGGAACAGUGCGCCAUGCUCCUAAAAAAUCGAAGGAGUACUACGACGACUGUACCAUGACAACAAAUACAGCCACUCUGUCUUCAUCCAAACAGCGCCAUGAACAUUCAGUCCCCUAUUAUCAUCCCUCAUCUCAGGCACCCCCGGAUUCGACCAGCACGCAUGCUUGCAUUUGUUCUACCGCCAUCUGCUCCGCCGUUCCCGCGGGAAUCUCUCGACAUUGGCACACUCCCACCGGUCUUCGCGUUCCUGUACUGCCUGCCCCUGACCACUAUCGAAUGUUGCAUUACUUGGCUACUGGCAAAGACCCCUCGGGUGCAUUGUCUGAGCACCCGUCUCUGGAGUUAGUUCAUGGAUUGUCUUGGGGUCGAUUGCUAGAAACCGCUGGCCGUGGCCUGGUUGACCAUGUUAUGCGACAGUUGCGCUCUUCGGGAAUCAUGUCACAGCGUUCCGUACAGCGUCCACCCGCUCGAAUCCUGGUCCUUCCAGACGGUCCACACUUGGGCGGUGCUCUGGCUAUCACUUUAGCGCGACUACUCGCCAUUCGUGGUGCAUGUGUCUUGCUCAUUGCUCCCCGAGUGGCAGCUACAGAUCAUCCAACCCAGACGGACGGUCUAGACGCGGUCUAUCGAGCCGAAUUGGAGUUGGCUAUACAAACGGCCCCACGACCGAAUCCUUAUGGAUUGGAGGAAGAUGAUCAGUUCAACAGCGAAGAGGGCACGGACGAUGAAGAUGAGGGGGUUGACGAUGGGGCUGUGGCAGGGGCAGACGCCGAUUCAUCCGCACGCCAUCUGCUGCCUUCGGACGGAGAUUCCGAACUGGCUAGUUGCUUGGCUCUGGAUCAGCUGUCGUCCCAUCCAAACGACGCGUUAGACUAUAGCCCAUUGAAUCGGAUGUGGAUUAGCCGCAUGCCCGGACUCAAACUACUCCGGCGUUCCACGUCUGUCACCAAACUUCCAUCCAACGUUGUCAUCGAUCUGGUGGUCUUGGGACACUCGGCCAUGAGUCCACAUGACCCAACCUGUCCCGUGGACUCACAACUUCUCCAGUGGCUACAACGUCAUCACGCGAUCACCCGCGUCGCGUAUCUGAUGCCUCGUUGUGUCUCUGUGACCGAGCAGUACUCUCUGCGGAACGCUCCUAUACACUGGGUUGUCGAGUUGGGUUUGCCCAGACUGUUGCCCAGUCCCCAGUCCGACUCACUUUUCAGCAACAGCUCAAAUGCCCACCUACUGGUUGAUGUGGGCCUCAGUCGUAAUUUGAUUCGCCGCCUGACCAGCGAUCUGAAAUGUCUCCCACCCUAUGGUCUGUUUGACGUCGAAUCUGUCAUUCCACUCAAACUGGACCCGGUAGCUUCAGGUUCCACACCCUAGAUUGAAUACACCUCAUUGGGGGCUGUGUGUUCAGCUAUGUGUGGGUAGCACCGCCCAGAAUGAAACGUGGCAGCCUGGUGGAACUGUAUCCGACUGCGUUCUGUCCACUUUUCUCUCAUUGCUCCAAUGAAGUUCCACCUUUCAAUAUCGUGUUAAAUCAGGUGUUUUUCGACUUGCGCGACUUCCUUUUUCUCCCACUUUUCACCUCUAGUCAGCAGUUUUUUUCUCCUCAAUCAAAACUCAACUCCUCAACUGAAAUAUUGUACAAUGGUUGAAAAUUUGUCUCAAUCAUUUAUCCUUUUUUUCCUUCUUGAAUCGCGCUGUUUUGUAGUUACGCAGAAUAAGCAACAAUGUUUGUCGCAGUUUACGUCGACUCUUCGUU